AUGAGUGACGGGAAAUUAUUCACCAGAUCCAAAACUACCGAAUUACGUACUGAGCUUGAACAGGCAUUCAAGAAAUCAAGACCUAUCGUCAGGGUUAAAGUAGUUCUCAAAAAAGUUUUGGCAAACAUAAUUCUAAAUAACCAUGAAGUCACAAACUUAAUGAAGGACAUUAUCCCACUUAUGAAAAUUGAUGAUUUAGAGAUUAGAAAACUAUGCUGCGAGUAUAUAUCUACGUAUGCUAUGACAAAUCCAGAUGCCGAAGAUGCAAUACCCUUCUUUUCCCGGUUUCACAGUGAUCCAAACCCAUUGCUACGCGUCCUAUCGUUAAAGACUAUGGUGUCUAUAAAUCGGAAAGAGUUUUUGAAUUUAUCUAUUACUUCAUGCAGAAGACUGUUCUCUGAUAAAGAUCCGGACGUCAGAAAAUCGGCAGCAUAUGCAGCUGGCCAAAUUUUUCAACACGAUCCCGUUCGAGCCGAAAGAGAAGGCUUAAUAGAAUUGCUUAAUCAAUCGUUAUAUGAUGAAAACUCGUCAGUAAUUUCAAGUGCAUUGGCAUCAUUGGGAUCUGUGAUUGAAAAUAGCAAGACAUUGAAUUUGAAAAUAGAUAAAAACCAUGCGUUCACAUUAAUAAAGUUGCUACGUGUAACAAACGAGUGGCAACAAACUUACAUUUUGAAUGCGUUAAUGUCAUACACACCACAGAAUGAGGACGAAGCUUUGAAUUUGAUCGAAGCAGUCUUACCUUCCUUGCAGCACGAAAAUUCCUCAGUUGUGAUGAAUGCAAUUAAAGUGGUGAUAUACUAUUGCAAUUAUGCAAGAAACCCAGAGUUACGUUUACCAGUAUUACCCAAGAGAUUGGGAACAUCGCUUGUUUCCUUAUUGUCAAAACCAGCUGAAACUCAAUUUCUUGUUUUACGUAAUGUAAUAUUGUUAUUAUUAGGCAGAAAGGAGUUUGUUCAUUUUGACGUGGAAAUGUUCUAUUGCCGGUUUGAUGAUCCAAUAUACGUAAAGGAUACCAAGCUUGAGAUUAUUUAUUUAUUGGCAAAUGAAUCCAAUGUUGGCCUGGUUUUGCGUGAGCUUGAGGAAUAUGCCACUGAGGUUGAUGUUUCUAUGGCAAGAAAGGCAAUCAGAGCAUUUGGGAAUCUUGCAGUCAAAUUGGAAAAUGCGGCCGAACAGUGUGUUGAAGUAAUUUGUGACUUGGUAUCUAACGGAAUAUCGUAUAUUGUCCAAGAAUCUGCAAUUGUAAUAAAGAAUAUACUACGUAAGUAUCCUGGAAGAUUUGAAUUUGCGAUUAGCGAAUUGAUAAAUCACUAUAAGCUAAUUGAUGAACCAGAUGCAAAAACGGCAUUUGUGUGGAUUUUGGGACAAUACUGCCAAAAUAUCAAAGAAUCGAAAACUAUUUUGGAAGACUUUAUCACUUCGUUUAAAGAUGAUCCACUAGAUGUACAGUAUGCUACCUUAACAGCAGUUGCAAAAUACUACUUAAAAUUCCCGGAACAGGGAGAGUCGGUAAUAUUACAAGUCUUGAAAUGGGCAACAGAAGAGGUUGAUAAUCCUGAUAUCAGAGAUCGUGGUUACAUUUAUUGGAGAUUGUUGUCUUCCGAACAUGCCAGUGGGCCGAACGGAGAGUUUCAAUCAAAUACAAAGAAAAUUAUAUUAAAUGACAAUCCUGUAAUAACCUCCGAGAAUGAUAAUAUCAAUCCUGACAUUUUAGAGGAAUUGGAGUUAAAUAUAGGGACGUUGGCUUCAAUUUACUUAAAACCAGUACAGACGGUGUUUCGAUUAUCAAAGCACAAGGAGCUUCCGUAUAGUCCUGCUCUUCAAAGAAGGAAUCUGUAUCAUUCAGGACUGGCCACGUCACAGCCCCAAAGUCGAAACCUGAAGGAACAUUCUCCAGGAGCAGGUGUAGGAGUUUCAAGACGGAUGUCCUAUAGAAGAACUAAUAGUGAUAAUGGAAGCCAGCGAAGCACUCACUUUGACGAAACUCAAAAUACACAACAACAUAUACCAAGAGAAAAUUUAGCACAAAAGUUUUCUCGUAAGGCAUCGUUUAUUACAAGUAGAAUCAAAAGCUAA